AUGAGUUUAGAAAAUGACGAUAAGAGAGCACGCACGCGAUCGAAGUCUAUCAGAGUGCCCACGGAGCUCAUCGGCCAGGAGGUGAGCUGUCCAACCCCAGGCUGUAACGGCUCAGGACACAUCCGUGGAAAGUAUGCAAGACACAGAAGUUUACAAAGCUGCCCUCUAGCAAAGAAGAGGAAACUUCAGGAUGCGGAGGCCGAACAUCUGGUGUCGAAGAGAAAAUCCCAUCCGCUCAAGCUGGCCUUGGAUGAAGGCUACAAUGUCGACAGCGACGGCAGCGAGGAGGCUGAGGCGAAGGAGGAGUCCGGCUCCGAAGAGUCGGAGGGGAUGUUGGAGGAAGACGAGGCGGAGGUGAUGGAGCAGGAGGAGACCCGCAGCCCUGAGCCGGCAGAAGGUAGAAGCCCAGCAAAAUCGACCCAUUAUGGACAAAACACGGCAACAAGUACGUCUGGGCCCAGCAAGGCCAACUAUAGCAGCUAUCAAGAAAUAAUUGCCAACUCUCUCCUAAACCUAGGCCAAAUAGCGGAGGAAACCCUCGCCAUCGAAGGGCAGCUGCCUGAAGCCGAGCUGCAGGUCUCCAAGCCGCCAUCCAACGUUGUGCAUCUGGUCCACGAGGACGUGGGAGAGGAGUUAGUGGAGGAGGAGUGCGACAAGGAGAUCAUCAUCCAGACGGAGGAUGCGGAGGAGGUCAUCGAGGUCACCAGUGAACGCAGCAGCGAGUUGUGUCCAGAGCACCGGGACGAUGCAAACUGCGAGGAGUCCUGCAAACUGCAGAAGGCUGAAGCAGAAGAAGAGGAUGAGGAGGAUGAGGAGGAGGAUGAAGAUGAGGAGGAGGAGGAGGAAGAAGAGGAGGAGGAAGAGGAAGAAGAAGAGGAGGAUGACGAGGAGGAGGAGAUGGCUCCUGAAGUGAUCUGCGAAGAAGCUCCUCACACUUCUCAGGACACCCAGAAAAGCCACUGUGAAGGGCAGUUCAGCCCGAAGCCCGAGUACUCGGUCAUCGUGGAGGUCCGGUCAGAUGACGACAAAGACGACGACGCCCGCUCCCAGAAAUCGGCAGUGACCGACGAGUCAGAGAUGUAUGACAUGAUGACGAGGGGGAACCUGGGGCUGCUGGAACAAGCCAUUGCGCUGAAAGCCGAGCAGGUGAAAAUUGUGCGGGAGCCCAGCCGACUGCCAGGAGAGCACGUAAAGCACUUCCAGGUGGACGAGAAACAGAGCAAACCGCUGGACAGCAUCCGAAAGAGCUACUACGGCAAAGAUCCCUCAAGACCCGAGAAGCGAGAAAUCAAAUGUCCGACUCCUGGCUGUGAUGGGACUGGCCACGUCACGGGACUCUACCCUCACCAUCGCAGCCUCUCUGGUUGUCCGCACAAAGACAGGAUCCCUCCCGAGAUCUUGGCGAUGCACGAGAACGUGUUGAAAUGCCCCACGCCAGGCUGCACAGGACAGGGUCAUGUCAACAGCAACCGCAACACGCACAGGAGUUUAUCUGGGUGCCCCAUUGCUGCUGCUGAAAAAUUAGCCAAAUCGCAUGAAAAGCAACAAACCCAGUCUGGUGAUCCUUCGAAGACCAGCUCCAAUUCUGACCGGAUACUCAGGCCUAUGUGCUUUGUGAAGCAACUGGAGAUCCCUCAGUACGGAAGCUACCGGCCCAACAUGGUCCCAGCAACCCCCCGGGCCAACCUGGCCAAGGAGCUGGAGAAGUACUCCAAGGUCACCUUCGAUUAUGCAAGUUUUGAUGCUCAGGUUUUUGGCAAACGCAUGCUUGCCCCAAAGAUUCAGACUAGCGAAACCUCACCUAAAGCCUUUAAAUGCUUCGACUACUCCCACGACGCCGAGGCUGCGCACAUGGCUGCCACUGCCAUCCUCAACCUCUCCACCCGCUGCUGGGAAAUGCCGGAGAAUCUCAGCACCAAGCAGCAAGAGGCCCCCGGCAAGUCCAUGGACAUUGAGGUGGAUGAAAAUGGGACUCUGGACUUGAGUAUGAACAAGCACCGCAAACGGGAGAGCACCUUUCCCAGCAGCAGCAGCUGCAGCAGUAGUCCCAGCAUGAAGUCCCCAGACGUGUCCCAGCGCCAAAACAGCACCAGUGCCACGAGCAGCACCAUGACCUCCCCCCAGUCCAGCCAGACCUCCCGCCAGGAUGAAUGGGAUGGGCCCAUUGACUACACUAAACCAAACCGUCAGCGGGAAGAGGAGCCAGAAGAGUCAGAGCCUGCCGCCCACUCUUUUGCCUCCUCGGAAGCUGAUGAGCAAGAAGUGUCGGAGGAAAACUUUGAAGAACGAAAAUACCCAGGGGAAGUUACUUUAACCAACUUCAAGCUUAAAUUCCUCUCCAAGGACAUCAAGAAAGAGCUGCUCACUUGCCCAACCCCAGGCUGUGACGGCAGCGGACACAUAACGGGAAACUAUGCCUCUCACCGCAGCCUUUCUGGUUGUCCUCUUGCUGACAAGAGCCUCAGAAACCUCAUGGCUGCCCACUCUGCUGACCUCAAGUGCCCUACUCCUGGUUGUGAUGGCUCUGGUCACAUAACAGGAAAUUAUGCAUCGCAUAGAAGUCUGUCAGGCUGCCCUCGUGCCAAGAAAAGUGGGAUCAAGAUCACCCCGACAAAGGAUGAUAAAGAAGACCCAGAGCUGAUGAAGUGUCCGGUUCCUGGCUGCGUUGGGCUUGGACACAUCAGUGGCAAAUACGCCUCUCACCGGAGCGCAUCAGGGUGCCCUCUGGCAGCCCGCAGGCAGAAGGAAGGAUCACUCAAUGGCUCCUCGUUUUCCUGGAAGUCGUUGAAGAACGAAGGCCCAACCUGCCCUACCCCGGGCUGCGACGGCUCCGGCCACGCCAACGGGAGCUUCCUCACUCACAGAAGUUUGUCAGGGUGUCCAAGAGCUACUUUUGCUGGGAAGAAAGGAAAACUCUCAGGGGAUGAAAUUCUCAACACAAAGUUCAAGACCAGCGAUGUUCUGGAGAACGAUGAGGAGAUCAAGCAGCUGAACAAGGAGAUCAGUGAGCUGAACGAGUCCAACUCGGAGAUGGAAGCAGCCAUGGUGAAACUGCAGUCGCAGAUCUCCACCAUGGAGAAGAACCUGAAGAACAUUGAGGAGGAAAACAAAAUCAUAGAGGAGCAAAACGAAGCCCUGUUCUUGGAGCUCUCAGGGUUGAGCCAGGCUCUAAUCCAAAGUCUUGCCAAUAUCCGCCUUCCGCACAUGGAGCCAAUUAGCGAGCAGAACUUCGAUGCGUACGUGAACACGCUGACCGACAUGUAUACCAACCAGGAGUGCUACCAGAACCCGGAGAACAAGGACCUGCUGGAGAGCAUCAAGCAAGCUGUCAAGGGCAUCCAGGUUUAGUGCCGUGGGAUGGAGACGAGCAAGCAAACAGACUGUAAGAUGGAACUUUCCCUCCAAGUA